UAUACAGCGGCGUUGGCUCCCUUCCCUAUACUCGACGUCUGACGUAACCAAUUUUCAUCCCUAAACGGGCGUCGUUUAGUUGUAUUUGACCAGCUCCCCUUUAGAAAAAGAGAUAUUUAGGGGAGACAUGGAUAACUACAGUGCACCCGCUUCAGGGAAUGGGUUUGGGUCAGAGGAAGAUCCAGCCGCCGCCUUCCUGGCACAGCAAGAAAACGAGAUCGCCGGGAUCGAGAACGAUGAAGGGUACAGCAUUUCCAACGGGGGACAGGUCCAGUCCUCCUUCGGUAAGAAUGCUCCAGGUGAUCGAGACGGAGCUGAUGAGGCUGUGAAUGGAGAUUUUCAAGGGGUGAGUAACGGCCCUUCGGACUCCUAUGCUGCGGUGGCGCAGGCAGACCGCCUGCAGGGGGAGCCGGAGAGCCUGCGCAGGUGGAGGGAGGAGCAGCGGGAGAGGCUGGAGGCACUGGACGUCACGUCGCGCACGCAGGAGGCUGAGUGGAAGGACAGGGCCAAGGUUGACCUGGAGGAGUGGUACUGCAGACAGGACGAGCAGCUGGAGAACACUAAAGUCAACAACAGGGUGCUGGACGAAGAAUUCUACAAACAGCCUCUCUCUGAGCUGAUUGGCUAUGUCACACACAUUAACCAUCCUUGCUACCGCCUAGACCAGGCGACUGAGGAGGCCACGGCGGCUGCCGAAAUUGGCGACGACAACAUGGACCCGGGGACGGAGUGGCAGCGCGUGGCGCGCCUCUGCGACUUCAGCCCCAAGUCCAGCAAGCAGUCCAAGGAUGUGUCUCGCAUGCGCUCCGUGCUCAUCUCCCUCAAGGAGGUGCCGCUGGUCCACUGAUCUCUCCCCCUGGCCAGUGGUGGCUAUGCAGCUCCAAGUGACCGCACCCACUCCGAGGAAAAUGCACUACAUCACCGACAUUGCCGGGGUGUCGCCAUGACUACAUGGACUGAUCUGCGCUCAGACACGCUCGAGGGAAGCCCACCCCCCAAUCGGCUGUGCCCCUCUUAGGACCAAACCCCCCCCACCUCGUCCCCCUACCAUGUCACCCUCAGUUUUCCAGGAAUAAAGAGAAUUGUACUUGUAUACCUGUCCCGCGAUGUACUGUGAAUGUUUGUAUGUACAAUAUAUAGAGUAUAUAUAUAUAUAUAUAAAUAAAUAUACAUCCACACGUGGACAAUGGAAAUAUGGUUUUUAACUGUUACACAGGUAUCAGUGUGUUUGAUGGUGUCUUAUCAUUAGUCUUAAUGUCAAUAAAACUGGAACGAAAUCCUCAUUGUGUGUUGUUUCACUACAAAAUGGAUGUAAGAUUGUACUACAUAUUCCAUAUGCUAAAGCCUGUUUCACAGAUGGCAAUGGCUGCUUAAACUGCAGUAGUGUUUUAUGUUACAUGUACAGACGCUUCUUGGGUUACGGUGGCCAGUGUUACAAUAUUUCAUAUUUAUAAUGGGUAUGAUUAUUCAGUUACAUGAGAACACUAUUAUAAAAUAGGCUUUGUGUUGACGAUUCUGCCCAACUCUAGGGUAAUGUAAAGUGUUCUAAGCAUGUUUAGGCUAUGAUGUUCGUUAGGUUAGGUGUACUGUAAUAAAAUGCAUUUUUGCCUCAC